AUGUUAAAACGUUACUUGGCACUAACUUUUUGUUAUCUGUUGAUGGCUCAAGUUCAAGGCUCUCUUGAAAGCGAAAGGCUUCAUAAAACCUGCAUGCGUAUUUUCGACAAGUGUGCUGCUAAUGAAGACAGGUUGGGAAAACAGGACGAUACUUCUAAGUUUUUCAACGAGUUUUGUCGGCGAUCGGAUUCUAAUUGGUCCGAUGUUAGCCGAUGCGAUCUUCUCAGAGUAGCAUGUUUAUCUACUGUGUGCGACUGCGAAAGUCCGACUUGUAAGAAUAUUGCCCAGCGUAUGAGUCUUCGAUAA